CCCGUUUUUUAAAAAAGACUUCUGUGGGAUGCCAGGGGAGGCAAUCCGGGUGGAUAAGAAAAAAAAUGAUAAUACCAGGUCGCAAUUGCGCAAAGCCCACAGUAACACCACCAGAACGCUCGGCUUUCGUUUUCAUCACAAUGAGCGGCGUUAACUCAACCCGGAAGCUAAGCCUUUGUUUUCGAUCUGGAAGCGUCUGAAGGAUCUGAGGUCACGUCUCGUUUCCUGUUUGGGGUCGGAGGUCAGCGAUUUCUUCUAUUCUCUAUGGCCGGUGCCCGGGCGCUGGGCGAAAGUGGCGGGGGUGGUGUAGCCGCCAUGGACUAUUCAGUACACGAGGCUUGGAACGAAGCCACCAACAUUUACUUACUGGCGGUGCUGGCCAGCUUGGCCCUGUUGGUGUACGCCCGCAGAAAUAAGAGGAAGAUUAUGAGGAUUUUUACAUUACCUCCAACUGUAGAAAUAUCUGAACCAAAUUUUUAUGACAGCAUGAAAAAAGUCCGUCUUCGGCAGCAAUUAGAGAUGUAUUCUAUUGGUAUUCUGAUCCCCAUGAUGGAAACAAAGAAAGAACAAAGAACAAUCGAUCUAGUGAGGGUGCAAGGAAGAGCAGCAAAGACUGCUCUUAAGGGACUGCAAGCAAGGAAAUAUGACCACCAGCAGCAACCACAGAAACAGACUGAUAGUGUACAGCUUUUGGUGGAAUGAAGUUUUGAAUAUUUGCUGAGGAUGCCAGAGCAUUGAUGAUAAUCAUUUGCAGUGCAACUUUAAUGGUAUAUAAUAUUUUUUAAAAUGUGCACUAAUUGCAUAAACUAUGUUUUGACUAUGAAUUUGUGUGUUACUCUAAUAAUAGUUCUCUAACAUCUGAAAAAUAUAGUAAUCUAUUCCAGUCUUAUUUCUUAAUUUGUAUUCAUUCCCAAUAAAAAUAUGAGCAUGGAGAUGAUCACUGCAGUUCCUGCAGUUGUUUCAAGUCUUCAUUUAAAGAGUGAUAGAGGCACAUACUAUUUGAUGUGGCAUAAUGCUGCAAGUAAUUCAACUACUUCUAUAAAUGAACAGUUUCAUGUAGUGGGACUUUUAAUAAACACUGCACUCAGUGAGGCAGAUAUAUUGAAUUGUAAUGUGCAACUGAAUAUGCAUAAAAAGAUGAAGUUUAGGAAAAGUAUUUCUGUAUACAGCAAUUAGAACAGAAAUUAGAGUAAGGAAUUCUAUCAGUAUGAUGAAAAAGAAUAUUUUUGCACUUAUCCUUUUAAUUGUUUCCCUUUUAUUCUCUCUAUUGAAUUCUGAAAUUAUAAUUUAAGAAAUCUUCAUCUGAUAAAUGACUAUACACUGUAGUAGUAGUUGUAGUAUUUUAUGAGUGGGGUGCAACUUACUAUUUUAGACCUACAGCUGGAAUGCUAAAAGAGGAUUAUAUAAGUUGGAAUUCAGAUAACAGCACUAUUUUUGUCAGUGAAGACUAGACUUAUAAUGGAUAAAUAUUAAUUAUUUGUUGGUUUAUCAAACACAUCAAGCAAAAUUAACAGUGGAAAUAGAAAAUCAUUAAAUGCUUAAAUAUUUGCAGUAUAUUUUAUUUGGGCAUGUCUGAAAGGUUUUAAUUGAUUGUAUUUUAAUUUACAUCUUAAACAUGGACAAUAUUUUUUUCAAUAAUAGACAAUAAUUUUGGUUAUUAAAUGGCCAGGUCUCUCUCUCCUAAUGUCUUUGUAAGUUUAACUUCUGAAUAUAGCAACAGUUGCUAAAUUUUGCAACCACUAAUUCCAAUUCUGAGAUUCUUUGGGUACAGCACUAAAAUAAUUGUUACACCAAAAGGCGAUUGACCAAUUAGAUUGCAGAAAGGUUAGAGUAAUAUAUUUUUUCAUACUGUUUUGAUUAGUACCAUGUAAUUAUUCUUAUGAGGAUUUCUUUCUGUAUUCUUUUGUAGUACAGUCCAGAUGAUUUAAAUCUGAAUAUAAGCUUUACUUUGAAACUCAAGUACUUUGGCCACCUAAUGAGAAGGAAGGAUUCACUGGAGAAGAGCCUAAUGCUGGGAAAGAUUGAGGGCAAUAGAAGAAGGGGACGACAGAGAA